CACGGAGUGUUAGCCUAGCAACUCUCUUUUCCCCUAUUCCCUAUGACGGAAAAGAAGCCAGACGGCUCCGAGAUAGAGAUCUUCGCGAGGUCCUUGGGGUUUAAUUAACCACUGACUCCCGGGUCCGCAGGCGACCCAUGACACUCCGCUACGACGAAGGAUCGAGUCUUGCCACUGUAGCCAGACACUGAUGAGCAGCCUUUGUCCAACUCGAGAGCUACCCUCGACCAUUGGUGGUCACUAUGGCCAACCGCAAUGUUCCUGGAAUAUCGUCGCCGCACCAAUCCUCAUCCUCUCAGGGGCCCUUGGCUGGAACCACGGGUUCUCGGUCGGUUCGGUCGCGCAAUCGCCGUCUUCCUAACAAUGGCAGCAGUCGUACCAACUCCGAAAGCCUGCUAGAAAACCAUGACGAAAUCACACCUCCGGCCCCAAGGUCGGCCCAGAAUGCUAAAGGCAAACAAAGUCCGCCCGGUCUGGGACAGGUCUUUGGUGGCUCCUGGGCGCAGAGCUGGUCAUCAGUCCAAGGGCUCGCUGCCUCUCUUCUCUCUGUCGCCGAGAACCCAGGCGACAUGGCUCAGCAGCGAUCGCAUCCUCAACCGGAGGACAAUUUUGCCUCGUCCCUUUGGAACCGAAUCCCGUCAAGCGUCGGCGGCAACGCCAGCACGAGUUUCAAGGCAAUGGGCUCCUCUAUCUUACCCAGCCAAAGGGCAACCAACAGAAUUGCCACUGGGUCAUCAGAUCAGCGAGAGGCCGCACUGAAAACUGCCAAAAGAGCUAGUGUUCUGGAAAACAGUCAAGGGUUUGGUGGAGGAAUAGAUAUCUCAGGAAGGUAUAAGCGCCGAACGUCAGACGAAAUUACCUCAGAGAACUCUCAGCCGGAAGAAUAUCUUGUAUACAUUCAUAAAAUUCUGCCAACCGAUACAUAUGCCGGAAUUAUCCUCCGAUAUAAGUGCUUGGAGGAUGCGUUUAGGAAGGCGAAUGGGCUUUGGUCCAGGGACAGCAUACAAAUCCGAAAAUGGGUCAUUAUUCCAGUCGAUGCCUGCGAAGUACGGGGACGUCCUUGCGACCCGCCGCUCAGCAAUCAACACCAUAAUGGUACAGAACUCCCUCUAGAAACGUCAUCGGCGAUAACCGGAGCAGUGACACCGGAAACCACCUCUUCUAGCUAUCCCAAAUCAUUCAGCGAAAGAGCCGGACAGGAGGAUGAAAAUACACAGAGGGAGGCUAUGCCCUGGUCGCACGUCAAAUGGGUCAAGAUAGACUCGCUGUCAGAGCCAGUGGAAAUUGGGCGCAUCGCACGUCAGAAAAUGGGCUACUUCCCACCACGGAGAAAAAAGACUGGCAGGACAGUGUCUCUUUCAUCAUCGCCACGGCAGAGCCUUGAGACUUCGACCUAUAGUGCAGAUCAGGUGGAACGGCCAUUAUCUAGACGGCAGAGCUCGAUAGGCGACCGGCCACCACUACUCGAAAGACGCCAAUCUACUCACAGCCAUGGAGAUGAUGAUGCGAUAGGUGCGAGGCCUGCUUGGAUGCGCCGCCCUGGCGGCGUCGGCUCCAUGGGUAGAAAUGUUCGAGCUCCCGGUCCGGACAAAGACUACUUUAAUUCGUGGGCCAGGAAACAUCUCCCCGGCCUUCACAUGGACGAUUUACCGUCCAUGUCAGUAAUGGGGUCAGAGAUGGCGCGGAUUGGAUUCGAUCGCGAUCUUGCAGGGAUCGUAGAGGGCUCUUUCGAAGAAGGGGGGGAUACGACGUCGCCUCUUUAUCAGAAUAAUAGCCUCGACAAAGCUGCGUCAGCAGUUGAGACCUGGCUUCGAACUGCUUGGUCUAAACGCCACAUGGCUCCGUUGAUUGGCAACACACCACGACCGGGGAGCUCAGGUGGACAGGAUAUUGGAGAUUUGAUAGAGUUGAUGAAUACUCCAGGUGCUGAGGACACUCCACGCCCUAACAUAUUUGAUUCACAGGUUUCCUCGUCAUCCAUUGGAAGUAAAACAGAUGACGAUUUUAGCAUAAAGCGAUAAGGAUAGAAUUUAAGCAAGCAAACUACCAGUCUAUAUCUGGUUACGGAGUACUUUGCAUGUAUGCGUAUUUAAAGAUUAGAACUAUUUCAUUUAUAAGCACGUUAUCUAUGUCUAAUUUUGCGGAAAACGCUGGUAGACAAGCUAGGCACUGAUAUAUAAGUCGGUUAUUAUAUGAUACUUGAGAACCAGGGAUAAGAAGUCUGAAUAUGGGUGCGAACGCUUAAGAGAAUGCCAAAAUGCCAUUUUAGGAAACUCGAUAUUCUUUGUGAGGAG